AUGCUCGAGUCGAACUUCUCUAACCUGGAUCCCUAUCUGGCUACGAACUUGCAGCAGCUGCCAGACAUACAUCAGGUGGGAGCUUCCUACUACACCGUCCGCUACCGCACCCGGGUUCCUUCUGCUUCCUGUGGCCAUCUUUGGAGGGCUUUGCUUCUCAGAGCAGCGAGCUACACCACGCGCGUGUGGGUGAAUGGGGCGGAGCGCGGCAGCGUCACCGGCAUGUUUCGGCGUCUGAAGGUUGCUGUUCCUACGGAAGGCUUCGAUUUGGAGAUCGAAACAUCGCCUCCGCCGCACUUUGGUGUGAAUGUCAGUGGCCAGGGUGGAGACCACGAGCUGGCUAAGGAUGGGCCAGUGGCGCAGUUUGCUCUGGGCUGGGAUUGGAUACAGGCCACCCCGGAUCGGAACACGGGCUUGUGGGACAAGGUAGAGCUCAUCUCUUCUAGCAGCCCACAAGUCGAAGACCUCUACGUCCGAACGACCUUGCAGAGGGCCAGAGAGGGCCAGGACGAUGCUCUCCUGGCCGUGGAGGCCCGCGAGGCCCCCUGUGGGCUGAAGUGGAGAGUUCGUCAUCACUCCGAUCCCUCCUUGGAUGUUCUGGGCCUCUUGGCCGUGCCAGGCUGCCCGGGCAGCUCGGCCACGCUGCGUUCUGCCCGCUUCUGGUGGCCAUGGCAGCUCGGGGAGCCAUACAUGUACGAGGUGGAGAUCCUCUCCGCGGAUGCCGGAAAUCAUACUGUCUUGCGUCAGCCCUUUGGCAUCCGGCACUCGGAGGUUUACUACGAGCAGCGUACGAACGGCCCAGCCUUCCGGAUCAACGGCAUGCGGAUUUUUCUGGCGGGGGUGAACUGGAUUACGACGGAUCAGAUGCUUCGCUUCUCCACCGAUGCAGAGCGGUACGAGAAUGAGGUUCGCCUUAUGAGGACCGCCGGAGCAAACGUCAUCCGCGUUUGGGGCGGUGGCAUCGCUGAGAGACCCGAGUUCUAUCAGGCUUGUGACCGAUUGGGCAUGCUGGUGUAUCAGGAGUUCUGGAUGACCGGGGACAACAAUGGAGAACAAGCUGGCAGCUUCUCGUGGCCUUUGGACCACCAGGUCUUCCUCGAUAAUGUGGAAGACACGGUGCUCUUGCUACGGGGUCAUCCGAGCCUCUUUUGGUGGGGCGGCGGCAAUGAGCUUUGGCCCUCUGAAAGGAGCCCGCCUAUAGACAUCAGCCGCGCUGAACGGCGUUUUGUGGAAGUGUUGGAUGGCUCGCGCCCCUACAUUCAGACCUCCUCCCUCCUGCAGCAGAUGCAGUCCUACGAUCCGAAGAACGUCACGGCCGCGCUGUCCGUGGAUGAUGGGCCCUAUGGCUCCCAGGUCCCUGGUGAGUUCUUUGAGCGGAACCCUUACCUGCGGUACCAGCUCUAUCCAAAUCGGACGGGCUUGCAGCCCUUUCCCCUCUCCAUCAAUCCGGAACUGGGGGGGCCAAACUUCCCCACGUUCGCGGGCCUCCGCCGCUUCAUCCGCACCCAGGAGGUUCCUGGUCGACUCGGCCACCCGGUGCCCGCUGAGUUUGCCUGGCACAACUUCGAGGCCUUCGUGGUGAACGUCUCUAGGACGUCGGGGCCCGGAUCUUUGGUGGAUCCUAUCUACGACCUCUGGCCAGGGAGUCCAAGGAGUGCUAUGGAUCAGAAGACCUAUGCCGACCGAGCCAGCGUGGUUCAGUACGUCCAGUACAGGUCCUUGUUCGAGGGCUACUUGAGGCAUCAGUGGUCCUGGUAUGCUGGACUUCUGCUUUGGAAGGGACAGUCACCUUGGCCAUCGUUGCGAGGAUUCCUGUAUGACUGGCACCUCGAAAAGAACAGCGCGCACGAAGGGAUGGGCGCUGCCCUAAGGCACCUCGAUCAUGUGCUGGUGUCCUUGCGGCCUUGUGCCAGGGGUGCCGCGCAGCUCUACCGAGUGAAUCGGGCGGCGAAGGAGGUGUCUGAGACAGAGGUGGUUGUGACCUUCUUCUCCCUGCCCAAAGGGGAGAUGCUGUCUAGGAAGCUCUUUCACAGCUCCAGCCUGGAGCCGGAGGGCGUGGCGCUGCUCGGACAGCUGACGUGGCCCAGACGAGAAGGAGCAUUGCUGCUCCGAAUGCAUCACAACGGCAACGUGCUGGAGCACUUACUCUCUGACCCUUGCAAUGGCGACGCCUUGCUUCCUGGCAUGGACUACCGAAACCUCGCGCCGACCCCUACUCGGCUGGAGGUGGUGCAAGGAGGCACCGAGGCAAACAUCACUAAUGCCGGGGCCUGGACGGCUCUUCUGGUGCACCCUCGUCUGUGGAGUGGCACUUCAGAGAUUCUCCCGGUUUGGUGGAGCGUGGACUACUUCAACUUGCUGCCGGGGGAGUCGAGGAG